AUGGGUAUUGAAGGAGAGAUGAUGAUGAGCAAUAGUGGAGGGAUGCAAGAUGGUAUGAGCAUUGAUGAGAAAGAAGAUUUGGGAGACAAAGAUGAAGUCAUGAUCCGUCGAAUGAAGAACAGAGAAAGACAACGUAGGUAUAGAGCGAGGAAGAGGAUGCGGGAGGAAGCUGGUAUUGAUGAAAAUCUCUCAUUCGACACCAUGGGAGAACAAGAAGAAGAAGAGGAAGAAGAAGAAGAAGAAGAAGAAGAGGAGCUAAAGUGUAAUAAUAAUGGUUAUGUUGAGAACUUUGUGAGGCGUGUUUAUUGCCAUAGAGAUUGGAAAAAAGAAGCUAGGAGAGCUCAUUUGGUGAUGGAGAAGGCUAAAGAUGGUUCUUUUGUGUUGGUUAAACGGAAGAUUUGUCCGCGUAGGAGAGAUUGGAAAGCUGAAGCGAGGAAGAAGAAUACUUGA